AGCGGAAACCGGCGGCUCGCGUGGCGACGGAUGACUGGAGGACACGCGCAGCAUAUAAAUGAUCUGAUGUGACGCGCAACGUCGCUAUAUGAGUGUAUUAAUCAGACAUCCACGAACACGCGGCUGAUAGACGUGUUUAACCGAUGAUCGCGCGCUUCGUGUUUUCGGCAGUGGCGUUUAUCUCCAUCUAGUGGUCAUGUUAAGUGCUUGCGCUCUGCUGCUGCUGGCGGCUCCGGCGGCUCUCAGUUCCGACUCUGAUACACAGAGAUACCGUCAAGACUCCAACCUGGAGAUCUAUAAGCGUUUGUUUGAGACGAAGAGGAAAGAUCAGCUCAAUGCUCUCAAGAACCUGGUGGAGCUCAAUGACAUCAACCAACAGUACAAGAUCAUAGACAUCAUGCUGAAGGGACUCUUCAAGGUACUUGAGGACUCUAAAGCGGUGCUUGUAGCUGCUAAUAUGCAGCCAGAUGAUCCUUUUCCACUAGAUGACAAAAUCAAAGAAGCGUACUCUCAUGUGGUGGAGAACACGGCGUUCUUUGGUGACGUAGCUCUGCGUUUUCCACGUAUCGUUCAUCAUUAUUUUGAUCGUAAUGCUGACUGGAGUCGUCUGCUUCGUUGGGGUCUGCGAUUCUGUAACCAGACGGGCGUCUUCACUGGAGGAGCCCAUCAGCACGUCCUCACACUGAUGUCGCAGGAGCUGGGAAUCACACAGAAAUCUCCAGACUUUGUCAAUCCAUACCGCACAGAAAGAGACGACAUGCUGCACACUGCAGAAGCGUUCCAGAAGAUUCUCAGAGAGGAAGAGAAGAGGAGGAGGAAGGAAGAGAAGAGGAAAGAGAUCAGAAAAGGGCCACGAAUCUCUCGAUCUCGUACAGAGUUAUAGAGCCGCAGCCAUCCAGAGAAACUGAGAGAGUCAGACAGGAAGUAUAUUGACUCCGGUCGGAUCAGGGCAGGUACAGCAGGGUUACAGAAGAUCAGUAAAUGUGAUGUUUAAACGCAGUCAGGGAGCUGUGUGUUUGUUCACACUAUUAUGCUGUUUUCUGGAUUGGCCAGAAAUCUCUCGUAAGAAUCAACGUUUACAGGUUUCAGAAUGCCUACUUGAUUCUAAAGACUUGAAUAUUUGUUUUUAAACCUUUAUUUUAUUUGAGCUAUUCAUUAUAUUCACUGUUGUUUAGAUGUGUGUUUAGUGCUGUACUUUUGAAAGGUAAUUCUGACUGCACUGGGCUUUGAAAGAAAGGGGUCAGCUGAAUGGGAGGAGCCAGUGGGGAGGAAUCAGACUAAUGUGGUGGACAGUGGGAGGAGUCAGGCUAAUAGGAGGAAUCAAUGGGGACGGGUCAUGUCAUUGGGUGGGAUCAGGUGGGAAGGAGUAAGUCUAAUGGGAGGAAUUAAUGGUGAGGUGUCAGUUCAUUGGGUGGGAUCAGGUUGGGAGGAGUCAGGCUAAUGGGAGGAAUCAAUGGGAGGAGUCAGUUCAGUGGGUGGGGUCAGGUGGGGAGGAGUCAGGCUAAUGGGAGGAAUCAAUGGGGAGUCAGUUCAGUGGGUGGGAUCAGGUGGGGAGGAGUCAGGCUAAUGGGAGGAAUCAAUGGGGAGGAGUCAGUUCAGUGGGUGGGAUCAGGUGGGGAGGAGUCAGGCUAAUGGGUGGAAUCAAUGGGGAGGAGUCAGUUCAGUGGGUGGGGUCAGGUGGGGAGGAGUCAGGCUAAUGGGCAGAAUCAAUGGGGAGGGGUCAGGAGUGGGGAGCAGUCGGAUGUGUUUCAGCUGAAGAUAUUUUGUACAUUGCAGGGGCAGAUUAUUUAGGUAUAUAACACAAGUUAAUAAGUUUUGAUGAUAUACAUUUAGAAAUGGUUAAAGUUCCCACACAUAAAAUUAGUGUUUAAUGUAUUUCAAUAUAAAUUAAUUAUUUAUUCGGGUACACUUUAUAGACUAAUAACAGAAUUGUUGGUAAUUCAUGUCUCUGUUUUCCAUUGAGUCAUUUAUUUACCAAGAUAAAAGUUAUGUGGAAGUGUGUGUGUGUGUGUGUGUGUGUGUAGGUACACAGACUGGGAGAUUUACCUGUGUCUCUUGCUUUAGAGACAAGUAUUCAUGAUCUAAGAUCACAGCUGUUGCUCCAGAUUCACCACUGCACUGCCAGGAAAGAAACUCUAAAUACAAGUGUAUUAUAAUGGUCGUGUUUUUUAAGAGUUUCUAAUAAACUCCAUGUGAGAACCCAACAUCUGUUGAGCCGACGUCAUCAUUUAAAACACCUUCAAUAUGAAACUUUUACACUCGCUCUUAGUCACUGCUAUACAUGCACAACAUGAUGCUUUCAUAAAUACUGUGUAAAUGUGUGAUUGUUAUUUAAAUAGAUCUGUACCCAGAAUCUGUAAGUUUCCCAUCAGUGGGAUAUUAUUAUUGUUGACAUAAAUAUCAGAAUGAUUAUUAAUAAAGUUUAUGCAAAAACA